AUGGCGGACAUGGAGGACAAUCCUCUCUUCGGAGUCAGCCUUUCCAGCAUCGCCUCUUCCUCCUCCGAUUCCUCCUCUCUGAGCGAUGAUGUUCCUCCUGUGGAACCGCCCUCCACUACCGUCCUCCAAACCGUGAACAUCAAGUCUCAUGUUCCGGUGAUCCUUGAACUCGCCGAUCCCAACUAUGAUGAGUGGCGAUGCUUCUUUGAUGCCCUCAUUGGCAAGUUUGGCCUUGCUUCCCACCUCUCCUCCCCACCAACGCCUGAACAGCGCCGUGAUCCGGCCUGGUGCAUCCGGGAUCAGUGCAUUUUGAGCUGGCUCUACAACUCCAUCGCCCGCGACGUGCGUGCUAUUGUGCGCGUUCCGAAGGCCACGACGUAUGUCGUGUGGACUGCUAUUCAUGAUCAGUUCUGCGACAACGAACUUCACCGUGCUGUGUAUCUCGAGGCGGAAUUCCGGAACCUUGUCCAAGGCGACAUGACCAUUACUCAGUAUAUCGGCAAACUGAAGCAUCUCGCCGACGCCCUCCGCGAUGUUGGCCAGCCUGUGCACGGGACCAGUCAGGUCUUGAACAUGCUUCGUGGCCUAAGCUCCAAGUAUCGUGACAUCGUGCCGGUGAUCGCGGCGAAACAACCACCGCACACGUUUCUAUCGGCGCGUUCUUAUCUGCUUUUGGAGGAGCAGUAUGACAAGGAGCAGGCCAAGACAGCUGCGCAUCAAGCUCUUCUCACCACUGGCGGCCCUCGUCUACCAGUUCCUGCCGCUGCCGAUGGCGGUUCUGGUUCUGGGACUGGUGCACAAUCUCCAGCUCCGCACCCCUCGGCGGUUCCAGCUCGUACUGAUGGGAAGCGGGGACGUGGUCGUGGUCGUGGCCGCGGCGAUUACCAGCACUAG